UUGGUUUGAAAAUAAAGGUAGAAUUUACUGAAUACUGUGAUAGAAUGCUAGCAUUUAGUUUGUCACAGUGAAAAAAGUUUCCUUCUGUUUCAUUUGGAAUGCAUAAUUUUCACUUAGUAAGUGACUAAUAGGACAGAGAUAUCAAUGGAAAUGUUUUGUGGGGAAAUAAACAAUGCCACACAGAUCCGCCAUGUUUAAACACUUCUCUCAGACAUUCAGACUUGGUGAGCUCUGUGGUCUCUUUCCCAGGUAAAUGGGAGAAAAUCAGACCUCUGUCACAGAGUUCUUCCUAGCGGGGUUCCCCCUUGACCCAGGGAUUCAGAUGCUUCUCUGUGGGCUCUUCACCCUGUUCUAUUCCUUCACUCUUCUGGGAAAUGGAGUCAUCUUGGGGCUCAUCUCACUGGACCCCAGACUGCACACCCCCAUGUACUUCUUCCUCUCGCACCUGGCCACCGUCGACAUAGCCUACGCCUGCAACACGGUGCCGCAGAUGCUGGUAAACCUCCUGAAUCCGGCCAAGCCCAUCUCCUUUGCUGGAUGCAUGACACAGACCUUUCUCUUUUUGGCUUUCGCUCACACUGAAUGUCUUCUCCUAGUGGCGAUGUCCUAUGAUCGGUAUGUGGCCAUCUGCCACCCCCUCCGAUAUUCUGCCAUCAUGAGCUGGAGAGUCUGCAUCACCCUGUCAGUGAGUUCCUGGGUUUUAGGAGUGCUCCUGGCCCUGGUACAUCUAGUAUUACUACUGCUGCUGCCCUUCUGUGGACCCCAGAUAGUUAAUCACUUUUUCUGUGAAAUUGUAGCUGUCCUCAAGCUUGCCUGUGCAGAUACCCGCAUUAAUGAGAUUGCGGUUUUGACUGGGGCCGUGUCUGUACUGGUGGGACCAUUCUCCACAAUUGUGACAUCUUACAUUCAUAUUCUACGUGCCAUCCUAAAGAUCCAGUCAAGGGAGGGGCGCCAGAAAGCCUUCUCCACCUGCUCCUCCCACCUCUGUGUGGUUGGACUCUUUUAUGGCACAGCCAUUAUCAUGUAUGUUGGGCCCCGAUAUGGGAACCCCGAGGAGCAGAAGAAAUAUCUCCUCCUGUUUCACAGUCUUUUCAAUCCCAUGCUAAAUCCUCUGAUCUAUAGUCUGAGGAACAAAGAAGUCAAAGCUGCUCUGAAGAGGAUGCUUGCAAAGGAGAGGACUUUGUGA